CACGAAAUAGAAUAGUUGUCUCACAAGUUCCACCGAGCUGUGUUUGCUACUGCGCUGUUAUCUCAUUAUAUUUUGUCCCAUUUGCGGACUAUCAGUUUUAUAUCUACUUUGUUGUUGGAAGUCGCCUUCUGCGCCAGUGUGUGUAAAGGCCGCACUUUCGACGCAUCUAUUUUCUACGCUUCAAUCGCGACACCCUAAUUUGAUUCAGAACAAUGAAGUUCCUAGCUCUCGCUGUAUCUUGCCUGCUGGCACUCUCUGGAGCCCUGGCCGCUGACUCCUGCUACCAGGAUGUCUCCAUGGACUGCUCACAGGCCUCCAACAGCAUGGUGCUGGCAAAAUGUAACGCAAUUUACGGCGGCUACGGCCACCACGGCAACCUCGCGUCCGAGAUGCAAGCGUACGCGAACCUCCAUCUCGCUCGCUCCUACGAGUUCCUGCUAUCGGCGUCCUACUUCGACAACUACCAGACCAACAGGAAGGGGUUCAGCAAGCUGUUCAGGAAGCUGUCCGAUGACGCUUGGGAGAAGACUAUUGAUCUUAUCAAGCAUAUUACUACCCGAGGUGGCGUGAUGGACUUCGCCCGCCGCUCCACCCUGGACAGCAGCAGCAAGAACUAUACUGUGGAACUGAACGAGCUGGAAGCGCUCGCCAAGGCCCUGGACAUUGAGAAGGAGAUCGCUGAACGCGCCUUCCACAUCCACGGAGAAGCUACCAGGAACAGCCAGCACCUCCACGACCCUGAGAUCGCUCAAUACAUGGAGGAGGAGUUCAUUGAAGACCACGCCAAGACCAUCCGCAACCUGGCCGGCCACACCUCCGACCUCAAGAAGUUCAUCGCCCAGAACGACGGGCAAGAUCUCUCCAUCUCGCUCUACCUGUAUGACGAGUAUCUUCAAAAGACCGUCUAAAUUCUAAAUAGUUUACCAUCAAAACCUACCAUUUUAGUAGAAAUUUGGUUGCGCUGAUGGUAACCCAUUGUAAUAAACUACCAUAUUUGAAACAAAAAAAUCUAUAAUAGUAGAAAACCGGUCACGCUAGCUAAACAAUAAAUAAUUGAUGUUUUGUGAUAAUUACUACAUUCACACCUGUAGUUCAUUUGAUUAUGAAAUAAUCCUCCACUCAAAAACUACCAUUGUAGUAGAAUAUUGAUUAAGCCAUUUCAACGUGUACAAACUAAUAGGGCUGUUUAAAUUAUGAGAUAUGUAAGUUUUUUUUAUCAUUCAUUGUGUAUUAUAGAUUAUAGCAUAGCAUAGAUGUAUUUUCAGUUAUUUUCCAAAUAAAAGUUCUUUAAUCACCUAA